CUAAAGUAUGCAGAGUCCCUUUAAACAGAAUAUCAAUACUGAAGAUGAUUUAAUCAUUGAGAAAUAUAUGUAGUUGAAAUCAACUUGAACUUAAGAUAACAACAACAACUCAAAGAUAUGCGAAUUAUAACCACUGGAACUGUGCAUCAGAUGAAAGGAAAUGGAACUGAUGAGGAGUAUAUUGGUGUUGGCACUGUUUGCUGUUGGAAUAGAGAUUUGGAAAUAUAUAUUGUUCUUCAACAUAUACCAUAUCAACUUAUGAAUGAAAUGUCUCAUGAUGUAAUUAUGCAAAACAUAGUGAGAAGUCAGACCACUACCCAAGAAACCAUCAACUAUAUUGCAGAUCAGUUAGAUGUCAAAUAUGAAGUCAUCACCAAUCUAAAAUACAGAGAUGAAUUCUUUGAACAAAAAUUAACACUUACAAAUAAAGGUGAUCAAAUAAUCACCAAAGGAAAUUGGGAGAUAUAUUUCUACAGUAUCAGAAAACUGGAAAAGUUCUCUAGUACAGUGUGGAUUGAAUUAGGGACAUCUGGAAUGAGAGCCUUGCAUGUAACUGGGACAUUAUAUAAGAUGGCCCCUGGGGAGAAUUUUAAGGACCUUGCUAGUAAAGCGUCAUUGGAGGCAGUGUAUAAAAGUGAAGCAUGGAUUGUAGCAAGAACAGAUACGAUGCCAAACUGGUAUGUCGUAGCAGAUGGUUUGGUGCCUAGAACCAUUGCAAGUACAGCUGAUGAGGGUCUUGCAUUCAUCGGACCAUUUGAUACCAAAGAGAAGUGGAAAAGAUUUGAUUUCAAAGAAGGAACGCAUGAAAGACAUGACAGGUUUGAUGCCUAUACUCCUGAACAACGCUACAUGAUGAAUACUAUCUCUGACCUUCGUAAACCAGGUACUCCAGUGACACCUACUCCAACAGAGUCGACCAUAGAUGAAACAAAACUCACGGUAUCUAUGAACACUGGAGAUUGGGUGCUGGUACCUGAACCUUGGAUAUACAUUAAUAGGGAAGCUUCCCCAAUGAGAAGAUACGUCCCUAAGGUUGUUACAACUCGUCCUACAAAUCGUUACAUUUUUGUAAAAUUUGGUGAUGUUACCAUCAAUGGUAAACGUUCCACAAGUACUGAUGCCUACUCUCUUAUUGUUGAUGCUGAUGCUAAUGUUAUCACUAUCACUGCAAUGUCUAACGCUGCAGCUUUCUAUGGGAUGCAGACCCUUGAAGCACUUGUUGAUGCCAAUGGUCAAGUGCCCAAAGCAACCAUUAAUGAUGCUCCAAGGUUUGGAUACAGAGGUGUAAUGUUGGAGGUCUGUCGCAACUUUCAGACUAAGGAAACUAUAAUGAAAUUCCUUGAUGCUAUGUCAGUGUUCAAGUUGAAUGCCCUCCACUUUGGCCUAAGUAAUGAUGAAGGAUGGAGAGUUGAAAUACCUGGACUUGAAGAGCUAACAACUGUUGGAGCCACAAGGUGUCAUGACUUAGACAACACAAGAUGUAUCAUGCCUCAACUUGGAUCAGGGCCUGGGUCACCAGACCCUUUGGCCCUGGGCAAGGGCUCAGGAUUCUACAGCGUUGCUGAUUACAUGGAGAUUGUGGAAUAUGCUAGGCAUCGCCAUAUUGAAAUACGUCCAGAGUUUGACAUGCCUGGGCAUGCUCAUGCUCCCAUCAAUGCUAUGCUAGCCAGAUAUAACAAACUAAAGGGAUCAAAUGAUACAGCAGCCAAAGAGUAUUUAUUGACUGAUCUAGAGGAUCAUUCAAAUUAUCUCUCUGUUCAGCAUUACAGGGAUAACAGUGUGAAUCCAUGUGUUAACUCAACUUUCACAUUCAUUGAGAAAAUCAUUCAAGCGAUGAUAAAGGUGCACAAGGAUGCUGGGCAUCCAUUGAAGAAUUAUAUCUUUGGUGGUGAUGAGGUGGCACGUGGUACAUGGGUGAAUUCAACAGCAUGUAAAACAAUGUUCCCUGGUAUUUCUGGGAGUGAACUGAAGGAGAGAAUUGAUGAGUACUUUGUAGAGAAGACUUCUGAAGUGUCUGCGAGGUAUAACUUGUCUCUUGGAGGGUGGGAGGAUGGUUUGAUGGGAGGGGAUCAGAUGCCUUAUGAUAUCUCUAAAUUAAAGAAUUCAGCAGUGUAUGCCUAUGCAUGGCAGAACCCUUGGGGUGAUGGUAAUGAAGGAAGAGCAUACAAGUUAGCCAAUGCAGGAUACAAGGUUGUAAUGUCUCAUGCCACUCAUCUUUACUUUGAUCAUCCUGAAGACCCUGAUCCCCGUGAGAGAGGAUACUAUUGGGCAACCAGGAAGACAAAUGUGUCACGAACAUUUAGCUUUAUGCCUGACCGACUCUAUGACAAUGCAGAUUAUAACAAUAAUGGUGACGUUAUCACUCGAGAGGAUAUAUGUAAGACAGCGGAAGUUUGUGUACCAUUAGAGAAGUCUGAGAAUAUAGUAGGGAUGCAAGGUCAACUGUGGUUAGAAACAAUUCGGAAUGAAUCCCAACUGAUGAAUAAAGCAUUUCCCAGAAUGCUUGCUCUCGCGGAACGUGCUUGGCAUAAGGCACCAUGGGAAGACAUUCAAGAAAAGAAUCAGCGUGAAAAUGAGCGUCAUCGAGAUUGGGAGAAGUUUGCUAAUAGUUUAGGCUAUCGAGACUUGAAGAGACUGGAUGAUUUGGACAUUGAUUAUCAUAUAACUUCACCAGGUGCAAUAAUAGAGAAUGGUGUCUUGAAGGUGAAUACUGAAUUCCCUGGAUUGCCAAUUCAGUACAGUGUUGAUGAUGGUUUUACAUGGACUGAUGCUACAAGCCGUCGUGGUGUGCCCUCUGAUCCCAUUAAUGUAUCCGGAAAGAAAGUAAAGCUUGUCACAAGGUCAACAGACAUGAGAAGAACAAGUUUUGAGGUGGAGGUCAAUGGAGGUGGCAGUAGUGGAGGAACAUCUAGAUGUAUCACAUCCUCAAUGUUACUAAUAGUGACACUUAUUACCCUGCUAGUCAAAAACCUUUGAGUCAUAAUGUUAUGUAUUAAAAGGGACACUUCAAUACCAACAAUCCAACAGGCCUACACAUGUAAAUAUUUAAAUGGUUGGGGUAUUUUCAAAGAAUGGGAUGCUGGCUCACAAUGGAUGAAUAUACUGUAACAAGUGACCAAAGGCAGCAUUAAAGAUCUAAUGUGACAUACACAAUCACUUUAAUUGAACAUAGAAGUUCAGUGAUUCAAACUACUGUAUGAACUUGUAUACUAGCCUAUUUCAAUUUCAUGUACAUUCUUACAGCCAGCUAAGAAUAAAAAACAAUUAAACAGAAAAAA